AAGAGACGAGGGAGAUGAGGAGGGGGAGGACGAGGAGGACAGAGCGGCGAGAGAGAGAGAGAGGACGGUGUCUCACCAGCCAAGUGCAGCUCGAAUCGUGAGGAGCGAUGGGGGGAAAAAUCCCACCGUUGUUUCCUUUUUCCUACAUCACCGUCAUUAGCGCGUAGACCGUCGCACGUCCAGACUCGGAGGCAAAGCUCUUUUCUUUUUAGGAGAGUAUGUUUUUAUUACAGUUAUCAAUAAAGGCAAUUUUUGGAUGAGCAGACUUGUUGGACUAAAGGGUUUCCCUAAUUUGUCUUCGCGCCUGUGUUAUUGUUGGACUGCGUCUAACCUGAGUUUCUACCCUCUGGAGUGAAAAACGGAUGUGGCUUCUGGAAAGAAUACAUCUUAUCAUAACUGGACCUAAUGCAAAGAGGAAUACUGUCUGAGGUGGAUAAAGCAGCGGAUGGAUGUUUCCUUAAGGAGGACAUUGGACUGGACAGAACUACUCCAACGACGGCUGCACUAACUCCUCAGCUUCCGCUGCUGUACGUGGAAGUCCACUUACCCCAGUACGAUGGAAACCUUUAGCACGGGCUCACCGGUGGUGCAGCUACUGAAAAGUGAUGCAUAAAGAUGAGCUCUUCAUUGUUUUCUUCUUCACUAUCAUGGUUGGUGGCUGGACCGUUUUGAGGUAUAACCACAUCACUAGGAAUAUUGCUCAAAUUUGCCUUCACCAAGCUGGAUGAGACUGAUGGCUGCUACUUGAACACUAGAGGGAUACUCACCGUCAGGAAAUUAAAUGGGAUCAGUGGCAAACACAGAGCUCGUCCAUUCCACUUGCUGGUACCUGUGAGUGAAUGUGAAGUUAGCUUGAUUGUGUGUUUGUGUUUGCAUCUGCGUAUCAUAAGUGAGUGGCAGGAAUUUUCACCUGGAAAUAACAAGAGGAUACAGCAAACUGUUUAAAAAAACAGGAAGUAGCAGCUAUGUUCAAUUGGAGGCACCGUUUGAGGACAAGGUGGCAGCUCCUUCCUACUGACAAGAGCGGAAGAAUGUGGGAUAUGUAGGGCUGGAGAGUUCCCUAAACACCAGUUGGUUGGUGUCCUGUCUGAUGUGGCUGGGACUGCUGCUGCUGCAGGCGGCUCCUGCUUCGGUGUUGGCUCAGAAGUUUGAUGAGAAUGACCCAGUGGUGACCAUCACCUACGGCAAGCUGCGAGGAGUCAAAAAGGAGCUCAACAAUGAGAUCCUGGGUCCUGUGGUGCAGUUCCUGGGUGUACCGUAUGCCGCUCCGCCCACUGGAGAGCGCCGUUUCCAGCCGCCGGAACCGCCGGCUUCGUGGCCCGAGACGCGCAACGCCACACACUUUGCCCCGGUGUGCCCUCAGAGCAUCGUGGAGGGCCGCCUGCCAGAUGUGAUGCUGCCGGUGUGGUUCACCAACAGCAUUGAUGUGGUGUCCACAUAUGUCCAGGACCAAAACGAGGAUUGUCUCUAUCUUAAUAUCUACGUCCCCACUGAGGAUGUCAAAAGAAUAUCCAAGGAAUGUGCCAGGAAACCGGGCAAGAAAAUAUGUAGACAAGGAGGUCCCCUUACAAAGAAACACACUGAUGAUUUAGGUGAUAGUGACCCCACGGACGAUGAAGACAUUAGAGAGAGUGGGAGCCCUAAGCCCGUGAUGGUUUUCAUCCAUGGCGGCUCGUACAUGGAAGGAACUGGGAAUAUGUUUGACGGCAGCAUCCUGGCCAGCUAUGGGAACGUGAUCGUCAUAACUGUCAACUACCGGCUGGGCGUCCUAGGGUUCCUGAGUACAGGCGACCAGGCAGCCAAAGGCAACUACGGCUUGUUGGAUCAGAUCCAGGCUCUGCGCUGGACCAGUGAGAACAUCGGCGCCUUCGGCGGUGACCCGUUACGUAUCACAGUGUUUGGCUCAGGUGCUGGAGCUUCCUGUGUCAACCUGCUGACACUGUCACACUACUCUGAGGGCAACCGCUGGAGCAACUCCACCAAAGGUCUUUUCCAGAGAGCCAUUGCCCAGAGCGGCACAGCCCUGUCCAGCUGGGCCGUCAGUUUCCAGCCCGCUAAGUACGCGCGCAUGCUGGCCAGGAAGGUGGGCUGCAACCUGCAGGACACGGUGGAGCUCGUGCUGUGUCUGCAGAGGAAACAUUACAAGGAGCUUGUGGAUCAGGACAUCCAGCCCGCCCGCUACCACAUCGCCUUUGGUCCCGUUAUUGAUGGAGAUGUUAUACCCGAUGACCCUCAGAUACUCAUGGAGCAAGGCGAGUUCCUCAACUAUGACAUAAUGCUGGGGGUGAACCAGGGCGAGGGCCUGAAGUUUGUGGAGCUCAUUGUGGACAACGAGAACGGCGUCCAGGCUAACGACUUUGACUACGCCGUGUCCAGCUUUGUGGACGACCUCUACGGCUACCCGGAAGGAAAAGACAUCCUCAGGGAGACCAUCAAGUUCAUGUACACGGACUGGGCCGACAGGCACAACCCAGAGACGCGGCGGAAGACGCUGCUGGCGCUGUUCACCGACCACCAGUGGGUGGCGCCGGCCGUGGCCACGGCCGACCUGCACUCCAGCUUUGGGUCGCCAACAUACUUUUACGCCUUCUACCACCACUGCCAGACAGAACAGGUUCCACCGUGGGCAGACGCAGCACAUGGUGAUGAGAUCCCUUAUGUGUUCGGGUUACCGAUGAUGACCGCCGAGCUGUUCCCCUGCAACUUCUCCAAGAAUGACGUCAUGCUCAGUGCUGUCGUAAUGACCUACUGGACUAACUUUGCCAAGACAGGGGAUCCCAACCAGCCUGUCCCACAGGACACCAAGUUCAUUCACACCAAGCCCAACCGCUUUGAAGAAGUGGCCUGGACACGCUACAACCAAAAAGACCAGCUUUAUCUGCACAUUGGCCUGAAACCCCGGGUCAAAGAGCACUACCGCGCCAACAAGGUCAACUUGUGGUUGGAGCUGGUUCCUCAUCUGCACAGCCUCAAUGAGGUCACUCAGCUCAUCCCCACCACCACAAAGCUUCCUCCACCAGAAGCUACUAAUCGUACCCCAAAGACCAAGGUUCUCGUGACCAAGCGUCCUAAUCCAACUCCGUUCCCCACCGAGACCCAAGACAGCCACAACCAGCCGCACCUGGUGGACCAGCGUGACUACUCCACCGAGUUGUCUGUGACCAUUGCUGUGGGAGCUUCCCUGCUCUUCCUCAACAUUCUGGCCUUCGCUGCACUUUACUACAAAAAGGACAAGCGACGGCAUGACGUCCACAGGCGCUGCAGCCCCCAGCGAAGCGCCACCAACGACUUGGCUCACACUCAAGAAGAAGAGAUCAUGUCCCUGCAGAUGAAGCAGCACUCGGAUUUAGAGCGGGACUGCAGGGGCAUGGGCGACUCUCUACACCCACAUGACGUGGUGCUGAGGACUGCCUGCCCACCUGACUACACUUUGGCCAUGAGGCGCUCUCCAGAUGACAUCCCGCUCAUGACACCAAACACUAUAACUAUGAUCCCCAGCACCAUGGGGGGGAUCGCCUCGCUCCAUUCCUUCAACACCUUCCCCAGCAGUGGGCAGAACAACACCUUACCACAUGCACACCCACACUCACACUCCACCACCCGGGUAUAGCCCUGUGGAUGCACCCACGCAGGCAGGACUCUGGUGGCUAAAGCAAAAAAGCUCCAGCCACUGCUGCAGCAGAGACUUCAGGCUGACAUGCUGACAAACACAGAUAUGUCACAAGCUGAAACGCCAGCCUAGAGUUGCCAGACAGCCAUGGAAUUAAAGUGGGAUUGUACAACACCCUGUUGAAACCCAGGGGAAUAUUAUCGAGGGAUUUCUGGGGGUUUGGACCACAGGGAAAAAAAGAUUAUUAUAAUUUUUUUUUCUAAAAAAAUUAAAUAAUAGACACGAAGAAAAAAAAGUACACAUGAAGAGCUGAUAUAAAACAACCCCACAAGCGAAAACAAAGAGGAGGAUGUUGUUUCUUUGCUAUUUUUAGUUUUAUUCUGAUACUGCGACAACACAAGGUACAGUAAACUUCUUUCCUUUCUUGCGACAGAUAUGGCCUUCGGGAUCUUUUGACAAAUGACUGCUUGACAGUAUUAUCUGGAAGCAGAACAAAGCAUCAGACACGCCUUGGAGGUGAGAAGAGGGAGCACUUUGUAAAAGAAAGAAAACAUAUUGUUUUCCCUUGGCAUCACUCUGCAGAUUACUCUGCUUGUGGCGCACAGAAUAGCAAACCAAUUUGGGCAUGUGUUACCUUCAUAAAUGGAAGCUAUGUAUGAUACUGGAACCAUGGAGAAAGAAAGACACCCUGUAUGCACAAAGGAGCAAUUUUAAGGAAAAAAUGUCUCAGAUACUUUUAAUUCAUUUAUUUUUGAGGACUGGAAGCAAUUUUAUUGUAUAGAACCUAUUUACAUAUCUACAUCUGUACACUAAGCACCAAGGCUUUUUAAGCCUUUUUCUCCUGGGGAGGACAUCUGUACUGCAAAUAGGCCAGCAGGACUGAACCGCUAGGACGUGGCGGACCCACCUACUGGCUUUCUGGCAGUUCCAACUUCAACACAGAGAGCUCGGGAACAAAGGAUAAUUGGAUAUUUUAGCACGAAGCGCAUGACAAUUUAUCUGCUUGAUGGCUGCUCUGCUGAUUAUGUCAUUAUAAAGAGUAAUUUUCACCCUCUCCCUUUGCAUUGGAGCAAUUUCAGACAGAUCUCCUCACAGGACCUCCUUCGGAAAACACACGCCCUCACAGGACCAUGGGAAACGCAGUUCCAGGUUGUUAGGGAGAGAGGGGAGGGGUCUCGGGAUAUAAUAAAAUUUACUUGCAGAACCUAGUAUAGCUUAAGUGGGGCUGGGCAUCUAAGGACUAGUUUUGUACUUUGUGUGUUGGUACUAUUUUGAUAGUGGGUAAAUCACAUCACUCUGUAUCAAUCAGUUUCAUUGUACCUUCAGUUGAGAUCAGUGUUCUUUGCUAUUCUACCUAUUGAACCACUUUUACCCUAUACAGGUGAUUACCUGCACUGUUUAUUCCAUUGCCCUUAUUUUACUUUAACUGGGAGUUGUAUUGUGAGUGAGUGACACAGUUACACCCAUUGGCAUAAGAAAACAUGGUGGAAGAAUCUCUUAUUUUGGAGCCGUUAACUCUGAAUCCGUGAACAUGACUGAUACAGGUGAGAGGCCAGGCACAGGCAGAAAAAACUAGAUGAAUAUAUACAGCACGACUAAAGUGGACAAGAGGAAAACCUUGGGUCUGGAUGGGUCAAGAGUCACGUCUUCAUUAUUAACCAAGAUCGACUAUUUGUGGAGGCACAUUGUGUUGUAAAAAGCAGAAUGAGCAGCUGAAGUCCACACUCACUGCUCUUUACCUUACCUCACUUUGAAGAGCUACUACUACUGAGCUAGUUUUAUGUUUUUUGGGGGAGGCACUCUGACUGUAUUGGAGAUUCAAUACUGCCUCUUCUUUUAUUCACUGACAGGUUAUUUAGCUUAAUGGUUUUCCACUCACAUCCAAGAGGCUUUCAGUUCACCAUUCCCUUCAAGGCUGUCAGGUCAGCGAAGCCUCUACAGCUAACAAUGUUAGCCACCAGAGUAGGAAGGCAUCAUACGCCAAAGCAGAAUGCAAUCCUGAUCUAAACGCCGAGGAGGCUGGAGCUAUGUAAGAGGUAAAGUGGUGACCUAACAGGCAGAGAGGAGCGUCCUGGACCGCAAGGCUAAUAUGAUCAAAUACAAGUCUGGAUGGCACUGAUGUGCUACUAAGGUAAAGGUAAAACGUACACUAGACACGUGGAGAGAGAUGAGUGCAGGCCUCUCGGCCCAUUCACAGGCGCUGUAGUACAGCAGACUACAGGUGCACAUGUAACACUGAGGCAGGCAAGAUGCAUGGUGGGAUAAACAGCUCGUCUUUCUUUUUUUGGUUUUGAUUUUGAUUAAAAAACAGCAUUAUCAUAUGUUUGUCGUGCCAUAAAAAAGACUUAAGGCACUAGGGCUUGAUCCAACCAAAAGGAAUAUUCCAAGGCUAGCGUGAUACAUUAUUCUGAUUUCUGCCACAAACAGCAUCAACUUUGGCUUUAAGGACUGUCAAUCCUGUAUUUCUUGCCUUCUGUCUCAGCUUGAUCCUUCAUUUUGAUAAACACAGACACAUAUGCAAAUAAAAGUGUAUGUAAUUAUGAACGCUUCCCCACAUGCUCAUGUAACAAGUAAUUAGGCCUUGUUUUUCCAAGCUUCCUGAUAUCUACCUAUUGUACACAGGCUAACGCCCUUAUUGCUUGCACUUGGGCCCAGAUUUAUUAGACCCAUAUAAAAAGCAACAUGACCUUGUUUUUGCAAGACAGGCGAUGGCUGAAAUUCAUUUCACAACAUACGGAGGGGAGCCUUGAAGAAAAAGGAAGCAAUUUAGCUGGCUUGGUAGCUGACGGAGUAGUCAUAUAGAAAAUUUGUGAUUAAAUAACAAAAAUCCAGUUCUGUGCAAAUCAAUAGAAAGACCAAGAUAUUUAAAUACACAUUCGAGCUGUCGUCUGUGCUGGGUGGGUGUAGCUGAAGCCCAGAUUUAUAGCAGGCAAUAUGUAAGACAAAUGUGUAGAUUAGCACACUAGCCAAGAGGACUACUGUACCAUCACAGAUAGGCUGUCACCUUUAGGCCACAUGUUUCAUGCUAAAUUAAUGACACACCUCCACAUGUACAAAGUAUAUAUCUUUAUAGCAAUAUAAUGUAGUUUAAAUGUCUGGGACACCCAGUCAGUCAAAGCAUUUCAUGUUGUCAAGGACUUCACAGGCCGCCACAGAGGGGAGAAUCCUGGAAUUCAUACACAUACACAGAUAUUCACCUUUAACAUAUUUAACCUUUUCAUUAAUUUCACUGAAAAUCAAGUUUUGGGAAAAUUACUUCAUAUCAACUUGUCAGGUUUUGAAAUGCAGUUACUUGUUUUAUUAUAGAAGAAAUACUAUUGGCUGUAAAUUAGUGAACCAGUUUUUGGUAUAAAAUGAAAAAAAACAACACAGCAAUAUGUCAUGGGUUUUAUCAGCCCAUUAGUGAACACCCACCCAGUUCAAGCACUGCUCUCCAGAGAGAUGACACAGGCCAUAGCAAGGGUCAGUUAUUGAAUUAAACAUGUAAUUGCAUUGAUGGGUAAAUAGUCAAGCAAUUGCAAGGCCGUGAUAGUAGCUGGCAGCUCAGGAUGCAUGCUAAUUGACAGAUAACAUGUCAUGGGUUCAGCCUGUAAGUGAUGAUACAGUAGGAGACAAAUUCAAGCCAACCGUAGAGUGAGCGACGAGAGAAAAGCUAAGGUCAGCCCAAGAAUUAUUUCCAACAUAGUUAAAAAUGGAAAUUGCCUGAAGCAAUUGUAAACUGCUAUGUUGACAGAGAGAAGAGUUACUGAACGAGCCGUCCUGCUGGAGAGCUGUUGGAGAAGUGGAACUGUAUGACUCACAAAUCAAGCGUUACAUAAUGAGGGUACACGUCAGACUGUUCUAAAGGAUCUAACAAGGAAGAGAGGAAGGUUCCUGCAAAACAAGCUGGGCUGUUAGAAGCAGACUGCAAAUUGUGUGUUUAAGUAGUAGUUUGAACUUCAGACCCCUGGAGACAAGUGUUACAGGAGACGUGCACAAGACAGCACAGCUUUAAUGUGGACUGUUGCAUCACUGGUGGUUAAAGAAAUACACAAAACAGAAUAAACAAAAUAAAAAGAAAGACGAGUGUUCUGUCAAAGCACUUGCAAAACAGUGUAACUUAAGGUAUUUAAUUAGACAACAGCUACUAAAGUCCCACUGAACUGACGAAAUGAAGUGUGGUAUUUAGAAGUCAAACAAACAAGCCAGACACAGCAGACACCAUUUACAAACUAUGAGUAUUUAGUUUUUGCUUAGGUGCUUGAAGCAAAACGUUUAGACCUACAGCCAAAGGAAUGUACUGUAGAAAAGGACUCCAGAAUAGUCGAGGGCGCCAUUCUCAGACCUGGUCCGUAGAACAACCCAUACCCUUUGGGUUUUAACUGCCGAAUGACAAAACCACAAGAAGCCAAAUGCGUAGAUUCUGUGCAGAUAAACAUUCAUUCGCUGUGUUUCAGGUUUUGUUUUUGUCUGGACAGGCAUUGGUUUGCUUUAUAUACGGCGUCCACCGAUGAACAUUAGACACAAGUACCCUGUGAAUUAUUUGGGUUAUUCGGCUUUUUCUCUGAAGCCUGGUUCAUUUUCUUAAUAAGGCCUGAAAACAAAUGCAUUUCCUAUCUCCAAAACAUUUAGGAAAAGGCCAUUUUGUGGAUGGAUGUUUUUUUUUCCAAGUUUCCAUAAUAAAUUUUAUUGUACAUUAACAUGCAUUGGAUCCAUUGGUGGUCAUACCAGCACCAUGCUCUGGGUGUACACGUGUCACUGUUCAUACUGUACACGAUAACAGAUGUGCGUAGAUCAACAGCACCCCUACUGGUCUGAUAAUGUACCUUUAUUGGUAAUGUUGCUCAUUUAUCCAGAUCCUCAGCUCACCUUUACAUAACAUGUGCUUGAAGCAAGGGCUAGGACUAAACAGAGCAGGGCUAACAUCAUGUAAACGUUAACUGGAAACCAGACAUUCGUUUAAACCAUUCCAACAUACAGAACAUGUGUCUUUCCACAAAUGAUACCUGUGUAAUUGUCAUUUGAUUCUAUGUGAAAUGAGACAACACGGCUACAUGCAAAAGCAGAUGUAGACUAUUAACACACAUGUAUAUUAUUUAAACAAAUCCUAUUAUUGUAAUUUAUGGCAAUAGCGACUUACACACGUGCUUAUUCACCACGUGUAUGUUCAUGUAAAUCAUGGAUUAAAAAGAUCUAUUGACAUCACACACAUCAGUUUUUAUUGUUUCCCGGGAAGAUGGAAACAAUGAGAAGUUGUCAAAGUUUGAACCUUGAACAGCUCCAUUAUUAAACACUCGCUCACCUGCGUUUUGAUAGAAUAUUAACCAGAGCGCUAAUAACCAUGAAACCUGUCAGGACAAUAAUUUACGAGGAAAAGAAGCUUCAAAUUAUAGUUUAUACUGUUUAUACAGUGUCCCGUGCAAACGUGAGCAUGGAACAGCUGCCAAACACUUUGCUCAAAUGAAAGAGCGGACCUUUAUAGUUUGAUCAGUCUGUGGCUCGGACAGAUUUCACAUUUGGUCGACUUCUGAAAAUAAAUUCUCUUUCCUUAAACGUGGGGUUACGGCGUGUACACGCAUGAGCAGGGUGUUUUGUCUGUUUGGUAAAAUGUAGUGUUUAAACACAUUAGCCCUUAAUGAGUGCAAUGGAAUUCCUAUGCUGCUACUUCUCACUUGAUUUUGCAGUAUGCAUUUUUUAGACUAUGAACAUUGUGUUGGUUUAAUGUUUUCUGGCUCAUCUUGAAUUAGACUACAUUUGGAUUGGACUGGCUGUGCACUUGUAAAGAGCAGUGAUCUAGAAACAAGGCCAGCGCGCACGUCCAAGUGGCCGAGGAAAAGACGGCUCCCGUCCAGGCUCCGCUUGUGCCCAGCAUUCAGCGAAGGGGAAAUCUCCAUUUCUUCUCUCAUUUGUGUACAUGAGCCAGUCCAGCGGGGUGAGUAUGAGGUGGGGCCUGAACACACAUGCAGUAAGAAACCCUGUUCUAGGGGAGUCAGUGACGUCCGGACGAACAAAGACUGUGAACGAAUGUAACACAACGUGUCAUCUCCCAACCUCAAACCGCAGCAGAAUCAACGGCCAAGCCUCACUUUUACCCUGAGAGUGUGAGAAGUAAUGGAUUUGUUUUUUAAAUGCCAUGUGGGAGGGGGGACACUAUGUGAGGUGGUCUGGCAUUUGUAAUGUAGAUUAUUUGUCACUUGUCUUUCUUUCUGGUUAAAUAGUAAUUACUCUUCUGGAGCACAAUAAAUGAUUUUAAUAUGCUGA